AUGGCAUCCAAACGAAAGGCAUCGGCGAUGAACGCGGCCGCAGCGGAGGAGCCCGUAGACCCUUCAGACGAGCUCAUGUUCCUCUGUUUGGGAGGCGGUAACGAAGUCGGUCGAUCAUGUCACAUUAUCCAGUACAAGGGAAAGACGGUCAUGCUUGACGCCGGCCAGCACCCUGCGUACGAUGGGCUCGCAGCCCUCCCCUUCUAUGACGACUUCGAUCUCAGCACCGUCGAUGUGCUCCUAAUCAGCCAUUUUCACAUUGACCAUGCGGCGUCUUUGCCGUAUGUGCUCGCAAAGACCAACUUCAGAGGACGUGUAUUUAUGACGCAUCCUACCAAGGCCAUCUACAAAUGGCUUAUCCAAGACAGUGUCCGAGUGGGCAACACAUCGUCAAAUCCAACCUCACAGCCUGUCUUCACGGAGCAGGACCAUCUCAACACGUUCCCGCAGAUCGAGGCUAUCGACUAUCAUACAACUCACACCAUUUCCUCCAUCAGAAUCACACCUUACCCAGCAGGCCAUGUCCUCGGCGCAGCCAUGUUCCUCAUCGAGAUUGGUGGGCUCAACAUCUUCUUCACUGGAGACUACUCGCGAGAGCAAGAUCGACAUCUGGUUUCGGCAGAGGUCCCUAAAGGCGUCAAGAUCGAUGUUCUCAUCACCGAGUCAACUUAUGGCAUCGCCUCCCACGUUCCUCGUCUGGAGAGAGAGCAGGCCCUUAUGAAGUCCAUCACAAGCAUCCUAAACCGAGGCGGUCGUGUGCUUAUGCCCGUCUUCGCUCUGGGACGUGCCCAAGAGCUCCUCUUGAUUCUUGACGAGUACUGGGGCAAACACGCCGACUUCCAAAAAUACCCCAUCUACUACGCCAGUAACCUGGCGAGAAAGUGUAUGCUUGUUUACCAGACUUAUGUCGGCGCCAUGAACGACAACAUCAAGCGUCUCUUCCGUGAGCGCAUGGCUGAGGCUGAGGCCUCUGGGGAUGGCGCUGGCAAGGGUGGACCUUGGGACUUCAAGUAUAUCCGCUCUCUGAAGAACCUCGACCGAUUCGACGACGUCGGUGGUUGUGUCAUGCUUGCCAGUCCUGGUAUGCUGCAGAACGGUGUCAGCCGAGAGCUACUAGAGCGCUGGGCACCUAGCGAGAAGAACGGUGUCAUCAUUACUGGUUACAGUGUGGAGGGCACCAUGGCCAAGCAGAUCAUGCAGGAACCAGAUCAGAUCCAGGCCGUCAUGUCUCGCAGCAUGGCUGGCGCUCGCCGAAUGCCUGGAGGCGAUGGUGAGAAGGUUCUCAUCCCUCGAAGGUGCAGCGUUCAAGAAUACUCGUUCGCUGCUCACGUCGAUGGUGUCGAGAACCGCGAGUUUAUUGAGGAGGUUGCGGCGCCUGUGGUUAUUCUCGUCCACGGUGAACAGCACAACAUGAUGCGUCUCAAGUCGAAGCUUCUUUCGCUCAACGCAAACAAGCCGGUAAAGGUCAAGGUCUACUCUCCUCGCAACUGCGAAGAACUUCGCAUCCCCUUCAAGGCCGACAAGACUGCCAAGGUCGUCGGCAAGCUCGCCUCCAUCCAGCCGCCCCAGAACAUACACCUUGACCCUGCUACCGCGCCUCCUCUUGUCACUGGAGUGCUUGUGCAGAACGACUUCAAGCUUUCACUCAUGGCACCCGAGGAUCUGCGCGAGUAUGCUGGUCUCAACACCACUACCAUCACCUGCAAGCAGCGUCUGACCCUUAGCGCUGCGGGCAUCGACCUGGUUAAGUGGGCUCUUGAGGGCACAUUCGGUACUAUUGAGGAGCUGCCAGAGAUGCGCCGUGCCAAGAACGGCACCAACGGUGAUGCGGCCAUCACCGACGGUGAGACUCACCCGGAGGAGGCAGAUGAAGAGGUAGCCAGCCUCGUCGCGGCGUAUCUGGUGAUGGGUUGCGUUUCUGUACGAUACCGCACAAACGGUGAGGUCGAGCUCGAAUGGGAGGGCAACAUGCUCAACGACGGCAUUGCCGACUCUGUCAUGGCCGUCCUCUUCUCUGUCGAGAGCUCACCUGCCGCCGUCAAGCGUUCCUCGGCCAAGCACUCUCACUCGCACGAGCUCCCUGCCGCAAACCCUCACCACUCUGCAACCCCUGAGGAACGCCUCGAGCGUCUGCUGUGGUUCCUAGAGGCCCAGUUCGGCCAGGACAACGUCGCCCCCGUCGCAACACCCAAGCUGCCCCCUACUCCCAAGGAGGAGGCGCCCGAGGGCAAGGUUAAGGAUGAGGACGCCAUGGAGGAGGAUGGCGAUGAGGAUUCGCAGCUCGAGGAGAGACAGCGCAAGGAGAUUGAGAGACUACACAAGAUUGGCAUCCCCGUGCCCGGAGUAUCGAUCAAGGUGGAUAGAUUGACCGCCACUGUGUGGCUGGAGGACCUCGAGGUCGAGUGUAACAACAAAGUCUUUGCCGACAGAGUCAGGGCUGUCGUCGAGCGGGCUGUCGAGGUGACGGCGCCUCUCUGGGGUUGA